AUGAAAAAGCUAUAUUAAUCCUUUGAAAGUGAAGCUUAAAACUUUUAGAAUACAUUAAUACAUUAUUAAGAAAAAUUUUAAGGAAAAUUUUAGAAUAUGCUGUAGAAAUCAGAAGUGAAAAAAUAAAAAAUUAUUGAGAAAUUAUAAUCUACUAAAAAACAAUUAUAGAUAAGUAUUGAAGCGAACAAUCCAAACAAAAUCUUGAAGCUUCAAAAUAAAAUAGAUAAAUUAGAAAUAGACAUGUAGAAAAUCAAUCGAAAAGAUUAAAUUGCUAAUGAUUAUCAUCUAGUGUACGAUGGAUUAUUUAAUUAACUCUAAAUUACUCAAAAUCAAAAUAUUGAAACAUUAUCAUAAGCUUAAAGAAAUGAUAAUUAUAAAAUAUUAUGUUCAAUCAAAAGAUAAGCAGUGAAUUUAUCAAACUAAGUUUAUAAAAAGAAACAUAUUGAUCCUAUUCGACAAAUAUGUAAUCAUUGUAAUAAUGUAAAUUUAUUAUUCAUUAAUUAUAGCUAUUAAAUGAAUAUCUUAAACUUGGUGUUGAUUAAUAAAUUUAAUAAGAUGAUAUAUUUUAAAUUGACAUUGUAGAAAAUUAAAAAUUUAUAGAAAAAAAAAAGUUAGAAGAAUAAAAAAUGCUAGUAAAAUAAGAGAAAAUUUAAAAAUAUUUUGAUGAAAAAGAUCAAUAAAAGUAAGAUAAAAAAAAUAAAAUAAAGAACAAAUAUAAAACUUUUGAGUAUUAUGAUUAACAAUAAAAAAAAGAAUAAUAGAAUAAGGAUUUUAGAAAAUAAUAAUAGAAGUAAGAUCAAUAUGAUAUUGAUUUAAUUUAAUAAUUCGAUAAUUUAUAAAUUAAAGAUUAAAAUAAACAAUGUGAAGACAUUAAAUAAUAAAACAAUUUUUAAAAUGAUGUAACAGCUAUAGAAGACUCUAAACUAUGCUAAAUUUGUUUUGAAUUUCCUAAAGAAUAUGUAGCUACUCCAUGUGGACAUUUUGUUUAUUGUAAAAAUUGCAAAAACUUAGCAUUGAAAGAAUGUUUAAUUUGUAGAGAACCUGUAUAAUUGUUGAUUAAGGUUUUUUAAUGA